CGCUUGCAGAUUUUACAUGUCGAAUGGGAGCGGAGAGGGGCGGUGCGGACGGGAUCUGGUGGAGAAAGGAGACGGGGGCGCUCCGAGCGGCGCGCACGGCCGGCUUAUAGCAGAAUAAGGUUACGUGCGAUCGGGAUCGAGCUUUCUGCUACGGCUCGGAUUCGCGUCUUAUUUAUAAAUUAUUUUCAAUGGUGCGUUUUCACCAAGGGGAGCAGCGGACGGGACUGGAGUAAAAAGGUAGAUUUAUAAUGAACAGCCGGGUGACAUAAACAACCGGGGUGCGAGCAGGCAGACCGCAGUAAGGGUGCACCACUCCGAAGUGAUGAGAAGGAAAGCCGGAAAGCAGCAGUGUGCCGCCGACGCGAUUAGUCAGGGUUGUUCGCCUGGGUUAAGGAUCGAGCGUUUUUUCCAUCAGCCACCCCUCCCUGGUGCCCGUGGAUAAUGGAGAGUCCGGAUGGCGAAGCCAGGCAGCAGAACCACCAGUUGGAAAAAAAGCGUUUGAACAGAGCGCCCUCCCCGGCGAGACCUUUCCUGAAGGAUGUCCACUCCCGAGCGUCCAAAGCGCCGGCGAUCACGCCGAAAUCCCCCAAGCUUUCUAACAAGCAGCAGGCGCCCUCCGCGGGGCUCCUACACACCCAGAACCGCCUUUCCCGACGCAGCGUCUACGGUGCAAAAGAGAAGCCGGCUCCGGCAAAAAGUCUCAGCAAGUCUACAGUGACCAAAAAGGCAGCUAAGACCGCGCAGCAUGGGCUGGCGGAGCCGAAAACCACCAGCAAACGAGCGGAGCCCGGGCCCCUCAUUGCCAAGAGUAAAAAAGGGAAAAUCGCCCUGGCUCAUGGCUCCUUCAGUUUCGGCUCCCCGGUACGCGUACCGACUGGAUCCGCUCUCGGCAGGGUCAGUCACACGGACAGCAGCUCGGAUCUGUCGGACUGCCUCUCCGAGCCGCUGUCUGACGAGCAAAAACAAGCUCAGGCUGCAAGCAGCGAUGCGGAAUCCGGCUCCGGGUCCAGCGACCGCGAACAGCUGCGGGUCGCGUCUCCAUUCGAACCGACCGAAAGUGCUCAUGCACCGUUGCCUGUCAAAGAUCUUUAUCCGGCGAAGGAGCGGCAGUGCCGGGGUUUAUUUGCGGAUGGACAGACCGGCUCCGACGAGCUGGCGGAGCGAUGCAAAGCUGGCUUUAGACCGGGGGGCAUCGGGGAUGCACCUGGUCAGAGAAAGGCGCUGAAUGACCAGGAGCUGUUACGGGAAAUCGAGGAUCUCCGUUCGGAAAAUGACUAUCUCAAGGACGAGCUGGAGGAGUUACGUGCCGAGAUGGAGGAGGUGCGAGACAGCUACCUGGAGGAGGAGGCCUAUCAACUGCAGGAGCUGCGGCGUGAGCUAGACCGGGCCAACAAGAACUGCCGCAUCCUGCAGUACCGGCUGCGCAAGUCUGAGCAGAAGAGCCUAAGGGUGGCGCAGACAGGACAGGUGGAUGGGGAGCUGUUGCGUAGUCUGGAGCAGGACCUCAAGGUGGCCAAGGACGUCUCCGUGCGUCUGCACAAUGAGCUUGAGAGCGUGGAGGACAAGCGCAGCCGAGCCGAGGAUGAGAACGAGCUCCUCAGGCAAAAGCUGAUCGAGGUGGAGAUCUCCAAGCAGGCACUGCACAAUGAACUGGAGAGAGCCAAGGAGAGCUCUCAGAAGAGGCGAGGAGGUCGGGAAACGUUCAAGGAGCGAAAGUCCUCCUCUCAGGAGGACAGCGCGGACCUCCGGUGCCAGCUCCAGUUUGCCAAAGAGGAGUCCGCCCUCAUGCGCAAGAAGAUGGCCAAGCUGGGCCGGGAGAAGGAGGAGCUGGAGCAAGAGUUGCAGAAGUACAAAUCCCUGUAUGGGGACGUGGAGAGCCCCCUGCUGGCUGGCGAGAGUGGGGGUGGGCCCCACAGCACCCGCGAGGCUGAGCUGAGGCUCCGGCUCAAGCUAGUCGAGGAGGAGGCCAACAUCCUGGGUCGAAAGAUCGUGGAGCUGGAGGUGGAGAACCGGGGACUGCGGGCGGAGAACGAGGACAUCCGCUCCCAGUACGAGCGGGACUUCCCCGGCCGUGAGCCCCUGUCCAGUUUGCCCACAUCACCCUUUGGGGAUGGCUUGGAGUCAGGCUCUGAGCUGCGGCGCCACCUGCAGUUUGUUGAGGAGGAGGCAGAGCUGCUACGGCGAUCCAUCGCCGAGAUCGAGGACCGCAACAAGCAGCUGACCUCAGAGCUGAACCGCUUCAAGCUGGGGCCAGGCCCGGACAGUGAGGGGGCCCCCCGGGCAGGAGCGGGAGCCGGGAGCGAUGUGGGCACCGGGCUCCUGCAAGACGAGCUGAAAGCGGCCCGGCUGCAGAUUGACGAGCUGAGCGGCAAGGUACUGAAGCUGCAGUACGAGAACCGGGUGCUGCUGUCCACCGUGCAGCGCUGCGACCUGGCCUCCCAACGGGGGCCCUCGCGGGGCCCUGACGACGAUGAAGAGCCCACCCAGCUGCCCGGCCCGCAGCCCAAGCGGGAGGGACCGGUUGGGGGCGAGAGCGACUCUGAUGACCCGUUCGAGAGGACGUCUGGCAUCGGUAGCGGGAAGCCGUCAGACACCGCCGGGGGAGGGGCAGGGGCCGGAGCCGAGGCUCUGGUGGGCGUAUGGCGCCAGGCCGAACGCCUGGGCAGGAUGGUGGAGAGGCUGGCAGGCGACACAGACAGCGCGAUGCUGCUGAUGGGAGCCGAGGCCCAGCAAGGGGAGAGCGACUCCAAGCUGAGCCGGCCGGCACUAGACGCCAUCUGUACCCGCAUGAAGACAUUCAGGGCAGAGCUGCACGUUUUCAUGGAGAAGGUGGAGCACCUCCGCGAGCAGCCCGAUGACCUCUCACCCAUGGCGCACCUCACGGAGUCCAGCAGCUUCCUGUCGGGCGUCACCUCCAUGUCCCGGGACUCCCCCCUCGGCACUCUGGGUCGCGACCUCAUCACAGACUUCCAGUCCGAUCUCAGGGAUGAGCUGGAGUGGCGGAUAGGACACGAGCGUGCCUCGGAGCCCGGGACCCAGUCCGGUCCUUGGGGUGCUCGCCAGAGCAGGGGAGCCCAUGGACGCAGUAAUUACUGCAGGCCAAAGUAUUUGAUUGUGGAGCAACGGGACACGCCUGUGCUGGAGGUGAGCGAGGUUCCUGAGCAGUCUGAGCUGGAGCAAAGGUUGCAGCCUGACCCGGGGUACUGCAGCAGCACGACACAGAAGGAGGAGGCGGAGAAGGAGUGCAGGAAGGCGCAGCCAUGGCUAAGCUCGCAGGAGCAGGCCUGGGCCCAGGAGAGGGCUCUGCUUCAGCAAGAGCUGCGUUUGCUCCGCCACAACAUGGCUGCCGUCUAUGUGAAGCUGCGAUGGCUCCUGGUGAACUGGCGGCUGGGGCGCCGGAGUGAGUCCACUGUGGAAGACGCUCCAUCAGAGCCUGAGACUCUGGACAGUGUCCCGGAGCUGAGCCGCCUCAUGGAGCAGGUGGAGGGCGUGAUGGAGCGGGAGGACCAGCCCAGUGUGCAGCCUGGUGCUGGAGGCAGCCCUGAGCCGGGUCUCUCUCCCCAGGCAACCGAGCUGCUCCAACACCAGAAGCAGGCAGGGGAGAACCGGCGCGUCCUGCAUGCCCUGCGCAUGCUGCUGGAGGAAUUCCGCUCUGAGCUGCGGGACGAGGAGCACCGGCGGAGCCAGCUGCAGCAGGCCUACGCCAAUGAGAAGGCCAGCUGGGAGGUGCAGUGGGCGGAACUCCGGUGCCAGAUCCCACAGCGAGAUGAGUGCUCAGCCGAGGUAGCAGCCACUGGAGACACUGAUCCGCGGGUAGCGCUCUCGCACGAGAGGGAGGAGCACCGGCGUCUCCUGGCAGAGAGUCACAGCACCUCGCUGGACCUGUUGUGGAGGCUGCAGCACAGUGAGAAGAGGUGGAGCCGUGAGAGGGCAGAGCUUCUGGAGCACUUCGACCGUGAGAGGCAGGACUGGGACUGGCACAUGAGGGACGUCCACCGCAAGCAGAGGGAACUCAAUCUUCGACGUGCUGACGUUCCCUCCUCUGACGCCAAGGAUGGGUCCCCCAGGGUCUUCUCGCCCCAGGGUAGUCCUCGGACUCCCCGGUCCCCCCGGAGCCCACGUGUCACAGGCCUGGCCCCCUCCGCUACCUGGCCCAACUCCGACGGCGAUGCCCCCCUGGAGGAGCGUGCGGGCUCACGGCAGAGGGGCACGGAGAGCCUGUUCCUGGAUGCGCUGUCGCUGGACCCCCUGGGGGAGAGUGAGGUGCCCCUGGCGUCCCGCCUGGAUGGCGAGAAGAGGUUUCCCUGCCUGAACAAGAACCUGAAUGAGAUCUCGGAGCGGAAGGGCCUGGCCGUGUACCAUGAGGAGGAGACGGGUGGUGGGAACCUGCUAAGGGCCAAGUCGGUCUGCUCCAUGAGUGAGUUCCAGCGGCUGAUGGACAGCUCUCCGUUUCUCCCCGACCGGAGCACGCGCGGCGAUGCCGGCACCGAUGACGUGACGCCACCGCUCUCCCCGGAUGACCUCAAGUACAUUGAGGAGUACAACAGCAAGGGCUGGGAUUCCCCCAGCCAUGGGGGGGCCACCAGUGGCACCCCUGCCCCCGAGCACAUACCUGACACAUUCCAGCCGUCCUCGUGGUUCCUGACCACCAGCGCCACCUUGACCACCAGCACACUCAGCGGCCCCGAGCACUGCCAGCGUCAGCCCCCACGGGGGGCCCCGGGGCCCGAGCGCUACGGGGUCCGUGUCCUCCACAGCCCCCCCCUGAGCUGUAAGCUUGACGGCUCUGUGGCUCCCCCUGUUGGGGAGCGGCCCUGCGCUGGCCCAGAGGAUGUGUAUGGCCGCUGGCAGCACCGGGAGCUCCUGGAGGGCGGGCUCCGCCCCUCCGAGCGGCCUGUCUGCUCCACCGUGGGCUUCGCCUCCUCGUUGGAACUGGAGCUCUCCCGGAAUCUGAGUGACGACAUGAAGGAGGUGGCCUUCUCAGUGCGUAAUGCCAUGCUUUCCAGCCCAGUGGAGCGCCAUCUGAAAGACACUGCCUGUCAGACCAACGGCUUCACCACCAGGGGGACCCAGACCACCCAGACCAUCAGCGUGGGCCUCCAGACAGAGGCCCUGAGGAACCUUACCAGCAGUCCCCACCGGUGCCUGACCCCCAAGGGUGGAUCCACCCCCAUCUCCUCACCUUCCCGCAGCCUGAGGAAGGUGCAGUACUCCCCUGCCGUACAGAGCAAGUUUGAGCGCCCCUGCUGCUCCCCCAAGUAUGGAUCCCCGAAGCUGCAGCGCAAGCCACUGUCCUGCAAGGCCGAGCAGCCUGCCAGCCGGGUAGCCACCCCCAGCGCACCGCAGAAGGGCUGCAGCGAGUCGGCCUGGGCUCGCUCCACCACCACCCGGGACAGCCCGGUGCACACCACCAUCAAUGAUGGCCUCUCCAGCCUCUUCAGCAUCAUCGACCACACCCCCGUCGUGAACGACACCACGCCGAAGUUCACCAAGUCACCGAGCCGCUCCCGACCUGCCGACCCUGGGUCCGCUGAGUCCCGGUCCCCGGGCCUAGGCGUGCUCCAGGACCUUUUGAAGUGCACCCGGGGCCGCUCGCCCAGUCCCGUGCAGCUGAUCGUGGAGGCCCAGGAUGACAGGACCCCAGAAGUGAUCAGUAUAAGGCAAGACCUGUCCGCUCCCCCGGGUUAUGGCCUGGCUGAGAACGCAGCCCGGCUUCUGAACAAGAAGCUGAUGGAGCAAGCCUUAAAGGAGGACAAGAGGCCUGCGGCCGGCAGUCAGACGGGUCUCAGCAGGGAUGGGGACAAGGGCCCACUGGGCCCCGUUGAGUUGCCGUGUUCUCCAGUUGCCCCGCCCCUGGACUCCCACUUUUUGAGACCCGCGCGACCAGCCAAUCGGCGUCCCCCAUCACGAUGGGCGGCCCGCUCCCCUUCCACGUCCCCUCGGCGGCCCAGGACGGCAGAAAGGAGGUUCUGUUUCCUGCUGCCAGAAAGUGAGGAGGCCGCUCAAGAGCUAAAUGGCACCUGAGCCCUGGGUUAGUGCUUGUCCCUGUCUUCGUCUGUGCCUCAGGCCUGUGUCUCUGAGGACACCGAGGACAUCAGCCUGACGAAUGCUCUGGAAGAAAAGAAGAGCCGCAGUGUCGUCUAGGGACUCCCAGAGCGGGCUGGACCCGGGCUGGACACAUCCAUGUAUGGUGCCUGUGCGAACCAAGGAACCAAGUUCUUGAUCGUAAAUACAUACACCCACACAUAUAUAGACACACAUUACAUAUAUAAUACACCCACACGUAUAUAGACACACAUUACAUAUAUAAUACAGACACACAUAUUUAUAUAUUCGUCUCCAUCCUAUUUUUUUAUGGGUUGAUGGGGACAUUUUUUCUGGGUACAAAGAGCGACUACAGAAUAGGAUUUAUCUGCCUCACCGUCAGCAUCUACGUCAGGGUGUGUCACUCCCUCCAGCCUUUUAAAGUUGUAUUUAUUGAUUUAUUCUGCCAUGUGUAGGAUUUCUCUCUUAUUUUGCACACUGUAAAUAUUUUGAGAAGACUAGUCUAACAUUAAAAUGUCAGAGAAUGUGUAUCUACCCACCGAAACUUGAAUUAAACUGAACAAAAAUAAUUUAUGGGAAUCAUGGCAGUUAGGGGAUUAGAGAGAAUAUGAAGAACCUGUCCUGUAUGGAAUGCAGAACAUGGGGCCUGAGGUUGUCAAAGACAGUCGGAGGUUUUGAAUGUACAAUUUAGUCCUGUGGAGGAUGUGUUACUGUGGAGAGGGAGGAUGACACAGGAGGACAGGAAGUACGUUGCUGCUUUACACGGGAGACCAUUGUGUGCCUCCGUGUUCGACUCGGCCUGCAUGCCACUGGGAUAUUAGCCACUUAGUGCAUGUGAGUAGAAGCCUCGUAAUUCAGCGUCACUCGUAAGAACGUCUGGGUCCCAGUCUGAGUCCCAGUCUGCGUCCCAGCCUCCGGCUGUAUUUUACUGUUUCUGAUCUGCACUCACUUUUCUUUUUUAAAGUGAACCAUCUUACCUGUCAAACUGUACAGGUGUUUUUGUUUUUUCAAGAGGAAAAAUGAAAUUGUAAAAUAUGAAUGAUGUCACUAAACAGUCAAUGUAAGGUCUGGAAAUAACUGUAAGAUCAGCCAAUUAAAAUAUUUAUUUACUAAUUGCA